CGCGGUCGAGCCUUCCAUAUCCUUGUCCAGGCGCGCAGCCUCUCGAAAUACAUAUAGCACGACAAGGUCUUAAUCUGGACGUGUGUGUGCCUGGAAAUUCGAGCCAGUUCCCUUUCACACCUAGCCGCAACCGCCAAGAUAUCACAGAGGAGCUAUAUAUCCAUUUAGAGUCGCCACACAAUAUAACAGGCUUCACUGACAACUUUACCUUACACUGCAGUGCAUCGACUACUAGAGGGUAUUUUGAACUCGGGAACGAGCAGAAUAAUUACAUCUAUGGCCCGUUGCUGGAAAGAUGGCCAGACCCAGACGAUAUCGAGAAGAAUUUCAACGACUUUCGAAAUGCAGGUACACACCUUGCACGUCCUACAGAAGAGGACCCGUCUGCGUUGGGACCCGAUGAGCCCUUGCCAAUCAACAUGUACAUAGGGGCACCAUUCGAUGAUGAAUACAUACCCGGGAAGGCCCCAGUACCCGGCCCUCUCAUGGUAUCGGCCGAAGUAUUAUUUGGGAACUACUCAUUUUUACAAUUUGUCUCGGACAAUUUGACCAAUAUGACGGCGACUUCAACUUACGCAGCUAUGUGUGAGCACGGCAAUAUUCCAUUCUCGCAGGUGUUGGGAAUCAUACCAUUCGACCAGGGACCGUCCGCGUAUUGUGGCCAUGUCAUAAACAGGAUAGUAUAUUUUCCUGACAACUCGGACGACCAGAUAACGUUGAUGGUCGCCUCCCAUGCUCGUAUAUUCAACAAUACAGACUACGCCGAGUACGGGUUGAUGAUAAGCAUGUACCUCGCCAACCAUGCGAUGUUAACUAAGACAAUAGUGGCUGAGGAUGUGGAUAUGUAUUCUGCCCGUGAAAUCUACUUUUCUCCAGGCACGACGGUUAUGCAACGCCCGGUCAUGAGUACAAGAAGCAUGGCUGUGGUAACUACUCUCAUUGGUUUGCAGACCCUGAGUCUAAUUCUCGUGGUCCGGUUUAUCUACACCUUGCCGACCUGGGCAUCCGCAUUUGACGCGAUGGAAGUGGCGCGGAUUGCCAGGGCGCUGGGGGACCAGGACUUACCUCCUCUCGGCCCCGUAACACGCGAGGACGAGAAGCGGCUGAAAAAGAUCGACGGGUUGAUUGGACUGGCGACGGCAGAUGAAGAUAAAGUUGACGAUGGCAAUUCGACUGGUGAGAAUGAGACAAGGAGUCAAAAUGCUGCAGUACCACUGGUUGAUGACCAAGCACCCAAGGUGCAUUUGGUGCUUGGCGGGAAAGGAUUGAUCACUCGUCGAGGCUCGGAUGGGAAAUCAUAGGGUAUUUAUCUUGGAAGACAAG